ACUCUCCGCCAUUUCGAUCGUCCUGUCCAUUCCCACCCCCAAGCUUUAUUUACUUCCCCAGUUCCUCUCCUCCACCUUGGAGAAGGUCGAUCAUCUUGUUCUCCCCACAUCCUAUAUCUACUCCUCUCUUCUCCCUCCUUCCUAUCACCACUCUCCACUCUUCCAUCGAUACAUCAACAACCUCAACACUCUCAACACCUCAACACCACUACACCACCACUACAACCACAAUAUCUCUCUGCGACCGAGACCAUCUACCAUCCGAUUCAUUUCUCUCACAUCGCAGAUCGACUCAACUCACAACCAUGUAUCCCCUACUUCCGUGGAGUCAAAAUCAGUCGAGCGUCCGCUCCUCGUUGAGCGAGGCCACCACCAGCACCCAGACCGUUUCCUUCAGCUUCAGCUAUGGCAGCUCCUGUUCGCCUAGCUCAUUGCCGCCUCCACCGCCUCCUUCGCCUAGUGACUCUCUGCUCGACAUCACGCCUCGCAAGUGCUCCUUCUCCAGCAGCUAUGGACUGAACAACUCGUGUGCUUUCCCCUCCUGGCCAAACCGACCAUCUCUUCUGAGCGCCGAUUCCGAGGGUUCGACUGCGAGUGCUUACCUCUCCGAUGAGGAUCUCUUCCCCAAUGGUUCCCCUUCGGACAGCGCCAUCGAUGAGGAGUCCGCUGCACAGGAUCCCGCCAUGGACCUGACGACCGAGCAGCAGGUCCAGAUGCUUCGCGCCGCGGCCGAUGAGGAAGCUCAGCGCGCGCGGUUCCUGGCCCAGGUGCAAGCACAUGCCAGAGCCCAGCAGGCCAUGCGUGUGGCUCAAGUGGCCGCGACAGAGCGCGAGAACGCCAAACGCAACAAGAAGCGCAAGGCCAUUCCGGAGCGGAAAAGACGCACCACCUCUGGGACCAAGGCGACCGUAUGCCGUGUCUAACGACCGAAAGAGGGUGUUUCCUUUUCUGGCUCUUGUAACAUCAACCACAUCUCUCAGCGUUCUUGUGCAUGUUUCACUCUCGAUACCCCCCACGGUCCGUUUCGUUGGAGAUUAGGGCUGUCCCAUGAUCAGCGCCGAUCU